AAAAGAAACUUUUAUUAAAAGGAGGGAAGUAACUUGGCAUUAAUUUGGGAAAACACCACAAACAUGGUUCGUAAACAUAAACCAGGAGUAAAAGACCCACCCCCAAGUAGGUUGGGCAGUGCCCUGUUCCCCUUAGGUUCUUAAGUUCAGCAACCCAAAAGUCCCCUUCAUGUGCCCGACCUUUCUCUACACCCCACUCACAGUUGCUGUUCUUGAUCAGUGCAGACCCAGAGUUCAGAGGUGCAUCUGCAGAGUUCACCUCCCACUCUGGGUGGGGGGCAUUGGUAACCACAAUUUCACUACCCCAGCAUCCAGUUCUAAGAUAAUUUGUGACCCAACACCAGCCAAGUUGAUUACAAUGCGCAAAACACCGCUCCAUCAGCUGAAUAUAUAGCAAAUUUAAGCAAAGUAGGAGCAAACUGUAUUUACAUAAACACACCCAGGGUCUCUUCCCCCCUCCCAGCUAGCUGUCGGGGAAGCAUUCAUUCAGACCUAUUCAUGCUUACCCUGCCUGCCAAACUGGAGCCGGGGGUACAUCCUGCACAUGUCCGGCUGGUUCGGCCUUUGCCUCCAGCAGUAAAAUACUAGAAGCAGCAAAGUAUUAUGUAAGCACUGAGAUAGACAAGAGGAGCAUUUUGGCAGGCCCCUUAGCAGAGAGAGAUGGGUCCAGAUCUGGAGCUCAGGCCUUGUCCACCUUGGGGGUUUCAGCCGCUAGUGUGGCUGCUCUGAUGUAGGCAGGCAAAGCCAAUAUAAGCCAGUGCAUCUCAUCCUGAUUUCAAGCAGGUGCAAAUCACAGCGUCCAAUAUACAGUAGUCUGUCUAUUCUGUAGCUUGCAUUGGUGCAGUCACACCUCUGGGCUAUAACUGGGGCCAAUAUUCAGUGUGUAGACCAAGCCUCACUUAAACUGGUGUAAAUCUGGAGUGACUCUGUUUGAAGUAAGGCCAGUGUACGGGAGAAAAGAAUCAGGCCCCUAGUGUUGUGCAGUGGUCCAGCAGACCCAUGUCCAAUGUCUUUCCCGCUCCAGGUUGCACCUCCUGCUGUGAUGUGCGAUGAUUAUCCAAGGCUGCAGGGCAGGGAGGGCUGAGUUCUGCUGUGAGAGUGACAUCCCCUCUGCCAACUGGAUCACCGCUGCGGUCUCUGAUGGUGAUGAGUAGAACAAGGGUUAAAGAGGGUUCGCCUAGAUUGAAAUGGUCCCGGUGAACGGAGCAACUUUGUAACGUCAGCUAGUACUUAUCUGUGUAAAACCGGCUGCAAACCCGCCGGGAGCUGCCACCAUCUUGACAGAUGCACUGUGCUGCCUUCAAGAUCCUGCACAGAUGUUCCUCUUCUACCCGACAGGAAGCUUCGUUGAGCCAAGAUUAGCUUACUUAAGCCACCAACAGCAGUGAUUUUGUCAAAGCUUUCCGGCUAUGCAGUGAAGAUCUGCAGCUAAGAAGCAGCUUUUUUCUUUCCUCUCCGUGAAAGGUUAUAAAUGAUUAGCCCUUAUGACCAACAUGAGCUGGAGUUUUCUCACCCGCCUGCUAGAAGAAAUUCACAAUCACUCCACUUUUGUGGGGAAGGUCUGGCUCACCGUACUGAUCGUCUUCCGUAUCGUCCUGACAGCUGUCGGAGGGGAGUCCAUAUACUCAGAUGAACAGAGCAAGUUCACAUGUAAUACCAAGCAGCCAGGCUGUGACAAUGUCUGCUACGAUGCCUUUGCACCGCUGUCACAUGUCAGGUUCUGGGUCUUCCAGAUCAUCAUGAUCUCAACCCCUUCCAUCAUGUACCUGGGCUAUGCCAUCCACAGGAUCGCUAGGUCCUCCGAGGAGGAGAAGAGGCUUAAGGUACUCAAGAAGAAGAAGAAGCAGUUUGCUUUGAACUGGCAGGUGGUCCGUAACUUGGAAGACCCUUUGGAAGCAGACGAAGAGGAGCCCAUGAUCUCCGAUAACACGAUGGAAAAUGAGGAGAAAGCCAAAGCAAACAAGAAGAGCAAGGAGCAGCAGAAGCACGAUGGGAGAAGACGCAUCCAGCAAGAAGGGCUGAUGAAGAUUUACGUCUUCCAACUCAUUGCCAGAGCUUCAUUUGAAGUUUGUUUCUUGGUUGGGCAGUAUUUUCUCUAUGGCUUUGAGGUGGAAGCGUAUUUCGUCUGCAACAGAGCCCCUUGUCCUCACACUGUGGAUUGCUUUGUGUCAAGGCCAACAGAGAAGACCAUCUUCCUCCUGGUGAUGUAUGUUGUGAGCUGCCUGUGUCUGUUGCUCAACAUGUGUGAAAUGUUCCACUUGGGGUUUGGGACCAUUAGAGAUGCCAUUCGCAACAGAAAGAUUAAUAGUUUCAGGCAGCCUCCAUACAACUAUUCCUACUCGAAGAAUAUCUCCUGUCCUCCCGAGUAUAACCUGGUUGUGAAAUCGGAGAAGCCAACAAAGGUUCCGAAUAGCCUGUUGGCCCAUGAGCAGAACUUGGCUAAUGUUGCUCAAGAACAACAGUGCACAAGCCCAGAUGAGAACAUCCCACCAGAUCUGUCCACCCUUCAUAAACACUUGAGGGUGGCCCAGGAGCAGUUAGACAUAGCAUUCCAGAGCUACAAUGCUACUCAGGCCAACAUGCAGCCUUCCAGAACCAGUAGCCCACCUUCAGGUGGGACCGUAGUAGAACAGAACAGGGUCAAUACUGCCCAUGAGAAACAAGGUGCUAAGCCCAAAGCCAGUUCAGAAAAAGGUAGUUCUAGCAGCAAAGAUGGAAAGACUUCUGUAUGGAUAUAAUUAGGUGCUUGACCGUAGCUCACAGACAGGACAAUGUAAGUAGGGGCAUGUUUUUUUCCAGCAUUGUCUAGAAUUCAAUUCACAGAGCACAGGCACAAUUUGAUUGUGGGAGUAAAUGUAGAUGAAGAAUGAGUUGUUUCAAACGUUAUAUUUGAAUAAUGUCUUCUGGUGUGUUAACAAAGACAUUCCCUUUCUUGCCUAGUCCAUAUUCUCUCUGGGAACCUCCAUCGAGCUAAACUGUACGGUGCUGCCUUCCCACCCACCCCCACACCCCCUGCUCCUGGCACUGCUUAGGGGCAGGAGUAACAGCCUUUCUUCUUAUGUCACUCACUAGCUGUUUGCCCAGGAUGACCCACUGCCAGCUCUCUGCGACAGAGACUGGACUGACAAGUGAGCUGGCUGGUGGGAAGGGGACUCUGCUGAUCAUUCAGAAGAAACAUCUUGACUACCCUGAGCUGCUCCUGUCCUGCAUCAUGAGGCUAUAGUACUGUACUUGUGUUGAGAACUGUUUAAUUACUAACUGUCCUUCCUCCAAUUAACUUGAAUUCCUCUGUUAAAGGGGAAAAUGGUGAGAUGUUACAUAAAUGGCCAUGAUCCACUGGCCUGGCUCGUUUCCUGCCUAGAUUCUUACAUGCACUAACAAGCAGUCAUUGGAGAUGAACUCAACAGAGGUUGCAGCCAGGAGUCCUAACCAUGCAGUAAUGGAACAUGAAGACUGUCAGAAGCACGGUAGCCAUAUUUUAAAGAAUGUACGCGACCCUGAGUGAUUAGCGUUGAGGUAAAUUUUGUAUCCUUUUCUUCUCCCAAUCAGUGUUGAACUGCAAAGCAACCAGGAUCAGUUGCUACGUAGCAUUUGCAGGAAAUUUGCAUUGUAAUGAUGCUGCAGUGUAGCAUUCGUUCCGGAGCUGGUGGGAAUUGCAGCAGUUAGGCGUUUUUUAACACUGCUACUGCACAUCUUAAGCAAAAGUGCCUUUAAGCAACCAGUAAAAUGAAAUGCAAAGUUUCUAAUGUCUGUGUUAACUCUUGGUAGAGAUCAGAAGACCAGGGCUGACAAAUUUUGUACUUUUGUUUUAAUCAAAAGCUUAGAAAUAGUUGCAGAAAAAUAGAUCAAUGCAUAGUGUGUAUGGCGUGUGUAUGGAGACGUAUAUUUAAGUAUAUAUACACACACAUACAAAUAUUGUGUGAGAUACAGAUAUAUAUAAUGUAAUAUCAACCACAUGAUGAUUUUUACAACUUCC